AUGAAAUAAAAGUAAUUAACAACUAAAAAGUCAGACAUUGAUCUUGGUAAUAAAGAUCAGUUAAAUUAUAUAAUUGAAAUUCUCUAAAAGGAUUAAAGUAUAAGGACAAAUCAAGAUGUUGAAAUAACAAGGAAAGCUUUUAUUUCAUUCAAGUUUUUUUAAGACUUAGAAUAAUAGAUGGGUCAAGAGAUGGUAAGUAAUUUAUAUAGAUAAUUAUCUCAUGAAACUAUUAAAGCAAGAUAAGUAGUAUUUAAUCUUGGAGAUAUUGGAAAGAAGUUUUAUAUUAUACUUUCUGGAAGUGUUUGGGUUCUUAUAUAGAAAAAGGGAUUAUAAGAUGGUAAUUAGAUAGGAGAAGAAGAGAAAAAAAAAGAGGAAGAAUUAAGAAGAUAAAAUACAAGAAAGGCUACAUUGAAACAUUAAUAAAGUAUGAUGAAAUCAAAGAGAAUUAAAAAGUAAGAAACUUUUUUUACAGAAACAAAUCAAGUGCUUAUAGAUGAAGUAUAUUCAAAAAUGACAGAUGCAGAAUAUUUAGAUUGUCAAUUUCCAACAUUAUAAAAAGUAGGUUUAAUGAAAUCUGGGGAUAAUUUUGGAGAGAUUGCAUUAACUAAAUAAGUACCAAGAACUGCUACAAUUGUUGCAGCUGAAGAUACAAAUUUUGCAAUAGUAUCUAGGGAACAAUUCAAUAUAUUAUUAUCAUCAUAUUAUGAAUAUAUACAGUAACAAAAUGUUAUGUUUUUAUAAAAAGUACCUGCAUUUACAGAAUGGAAUGAAUAGAUGUUAAAUUAAAUUUAUUAUCAUUUUACAUUUGAAGAUUAUAAAAUGUUUGAUGUAAUUUAUAAAGAAAAUUAACCUUCAAAGUAAUAUUAUUAAUAAUGGUAGUAAAAUUUACAUUGUAAAAAAUGGAGAAAUAGAGAUUUCUUAAAAUAUAGAAGUUGGUACUAUGAUUACUGAAAAUAAUUUAACAAUUUAAAGAUUCUUUAAAAAAAAUGAUAAAAAAUAUGAAAGAGUGAGAACUGGUAUAAUCACAUCUGGAUUAGUAUUUGGUCAUUAAGAAGUUAUUAAAGAUGUGGUAAGAGAACAUAGAGCUGUUUGUAUUAGUUAAAAAGCAUAAGUAUUUUCAUUGGAUAAGGAUAGAUUUUUAUAAUAUUUUAAAAAAGGAGGAGCUAUUUAAAAAUUAAUUAAACUAGAUCAAACUAAUCAUUCUCGUAAGUCUAAGAGUGUUUCAGUAAUAAAAGAUCUUAAAUCAUUUUCUCCUCCAAUUGCAUUUAGAGAAAUUCCAUAUUUUGAAGAAGAUGACAAAAUUUCUGAUUUUGUAAUAAAAAAAGCUAAUAAUGCUGUAGAUAGAGUUGGAAAUGAACCUAAACGUAAUGGAUAUGAAUUUUUAUAAGGGAAAGGUCAUAUAAAUAAAGCACAUUAUAAUUUUUAAAAGAAUCUAGAAACAUUGAAAAGAAAUUUAAAAUAUAGUGAACCUUUAAAUAUUAAUACAGGAUUAUUUGAAUUAGAUACAAAUAAAGGGACAGCUAUAAGUAUAAUGAAUAAAGUAUUAAAUAAAAUUGAAUUAAAAGGUAUUUCCAAGUGCAAGUCGUCCAAAAUAUGAGAUACCAAAUUAUUCAAUGACUCCAAGAAUAGUAAUAAAAUCAUUAAAAUUACCAAAAUUACUAAAUGAAGUAGAUGUAUUAUUGUUUUCCAAUAAAGAAUCAAUGAUCUCAAAUUUAACAACAACCUAUAAAUAAUAAGCAGCAAUAAAAGAAGAUGAGUGA